AUGGCUAAAUCCACAAUAUUACUAGUGAUCGCUCUACUUGCUCUCUUGUCGUCCUUACACGUCGAUGCAUAUGACGCCGAACCUUUACAAGACUUCUGUGUUGCGGUCGAUGACUCUAAGGCUGCUGUAUACGUCAACGGGAAGAUCUGCAAGGAUCCAAACACGGUGACCUCGGACGACUUCUUCUUUUCCGGCCUCAACAAGCCCGGAAACAUAACGAGCCCCUUCGGGUCCAAAGUGACUCUCGUUUUCGUGGACGAGCUAGCGGGGCUCAACACCCUUGGCAUCUCCAUGGUUCGCAUUGACUUUGGCCCGGGGGGAACAAACCCGCCGCACGUGCACCCCCAUGCUUCGGAAAUCUUACUUGUGCUUGAAGGCACGCUAUACGCAGGCUUCAUAUCAUCCAACCCCACAAACCCGAACGACGAGAACAAGCUCUACACGAAGAUCCUGCAGGCAGGAGAUGUGUUUUUGUUCCCUAAGGGACUCAUACAUUUCCAGUACAACCUUGGGAGCACUAAUGCAGUUGCUAUAGCGAGUUUGAGCAGCCAAAACCCGGGAGUCGUGACCUUGUCCAAGGCUGUAUUUGGGUCAGAGCCCUCUGUUUUGCCGGACCUUCUCACAAAAUCUUUCCAGCUCGAUAGUAAAACAAUCAGCCAUCUUCAGUCGUUGCCCUGGAUCGGUAACGACUAA